UCUCUCUCUCUCUUUCUGUCUCUCUGCAAGCUUUCAGGGAGGAGGAAUUACAUGGAAAGUGAGUGAUUCUAGAGUUAGCCCACGCCCGUAAACCGGUUAGCUGACUUGUUAUCCUCCUCCUCAUCCUUUAGAUCACCGCCUGUUUCUUUCCCUGCUGCUUCGCCUUGAGCUCGUUGAGGCCGGACGGUGGAGGAUAGGGGUUGCGACCAUGGUAUGACGCGAUGGUCCCAACUUGGAAUCUCCUCCGCCGACACUGCGAGACCUACGGGGCUUACUUUUGUGGUGGCGACUCUCGUUUCCAUGAUAUCUACGGCUUGUCUCCGCUGAAGCCGAACUGCUCGAUGGCAGACAAGCCCUCCUCAGCUCCAGAAGACGAACAACAUGGACCAGGCACCGUAGAGGUCGGGGAAGACACCAACAGUUCCAAGGACUGGCUCCGAUUAGGCCUCGCUUCUCCUCCCGCCGCUAUUGAAUCUAGGCCGGAGCGGCUGAAGGUGGAGAUCGAGUUAUUAUGCGGUCAGCCUUCCUCGUCGUCGGUGUUGCCUACGUCAGCGACGUACCCUGUCACAAGCCGGGGUAUCAGCGGCUUUCGAGCUCCCGUGAUGGGCACGACGGUAAUACCUUGGGCGAGUUACCGGCAGGAGAUGCCACGGGGACCUUGGAGUGCUAAUCUCCCCAUGGGGGCUACAUCGUCGAUGAUACCACCACCUGUGAUGCCGGAGUUCGUUGCCCGUCAGUUCAUGUACCCGAUCUCGAGCCCGGCGUUACCGUCGGCGCCAGAGGUUUGGCCAGAUAUGAGGGUGGUCAGCCCACCACGCAGACCGCAGUCGGGCGUUUGGUUCAUGCUUCGGGCUGCGCAAAACCAAGGGCGGGAGCCUUUUUUGCCACAGAUACCCAAGAGCUACUUGAGAAUUAAGGAUGGAAGGAUGACAGUCAGGUUGCUGAUGAAGUACCUGGCGACCAGGCUGGGUUUGGAGGAUGAGUCGGAGGUGGAGAUAACAUGUAGAGGUCAACUGCUGCUUCCCUUCUUGACAUUGCAACAUGUUCGAGAUAACGUAUGGUGUUCGAGGGAGACGAUGACAUUGUUGCAAGACUCGCCCAGCAUCCAACACGUCAUGAUGUUGCAGUACAACAGAAGUGAGUAUAAUUCAGCUCAAUCUUAUGUAUGAUUUACUUAGUCGAUCCAUCGAUCCACCCAAAAUUUUUUUGACUGUUUCAUCAUCAUGAUCACUUUUGUUUUUGAUCAUCUCAACACACUGAGAAAAUAGU